CUACUGAGCGUGCGUAUAGUUCCUUUCUAGCUUUCUGGGUUUUACUAUUUUUUAAAAGUUUUGAUCCAUCUUUUUGGCUUACAGAGGAGGAUAAAUUCAGGGUUUUGUUUGGUUUUCUGAGUUGUGAUUCCAAGUUCCAAUCUUUCAUCAAGUCUUUUUUUAGCAGAAUCUGCUUGUUUUCUGGCAGAUUUAAAGGGUUUGCCUUUGAAGGAUAUUUUGAAUCCAGUCGGUGCCGAGUGCUUUUAAAGUUUGAAUGUGGAUGAUAGAGCUUAAUAAGUUGUUAUGAUGCUGAAGACAUAAAGGAAACAUGGGUGGCAUAAGAACAAUUUGUUUGGGGUUUCUGAUAGCUUUGUUUUGUGUAUCACUGACUUCCAGCUUAGGUUACAGUAAGGAUGGAGAAGAAGCAUUUCUUAACCAAUUAGCAGAUCCAACAACUGGGGAGAUUGAUGAGAAUCUGGCUGAGUUGUUACGGAUAAGUUGCAGACGAGAUUUGAAUGAUUUCAAUGUAGCUUUUGAAGAUCUGAACUUACAUCUUCCGUGGGAAACGCCCAGUGAUAUUACUACAAAAAGUCGUUUGUUAGACAGAGAAAGCACUCAAAAAUUGAUUAGCGUUCUCCGUCCCGAGUUAAAACAAGCUCUUUUUGACUGCAUAGGAAAGUCUAAUCUUCUAUUCCAAGUAUCUGGAGAAGAUAGUGGCUUUAAGACCUGGUACACCAGAUAUUUCGAGUCAUUGUUUCACUGGCACGGAGUUCCUAGAAGGGCUUUGGCUACCGAGAGCAUUGCCAUAGCCCCUGCCUCGGACUUAGGACCAUCCCCGGCUCCUUCUCCUUCUCCCACCUCUGAAUUUCCUCGUUUGAGUCCAGAAAGUUCAGCAUCUUUGCCCUCUCUUCUUCCUAUACCUUCUCACGAAGCUGCAGCUCCAAUAAAUGGUCUUAUGAACGCUAUAAGUCCAGCCAACAUGGAUCCGAUGCAUAAUGGGACUGAUAAUAGCAGAACAAUUAUUAUUGCUUGUGUCGUGACUGCAGUAGUAACAUCUGUCGUUGCUGCGUUGUUUUUCGUUUUAUGCUGUCGUAGAGGUUCUUCAGCUGGAAAAAGGGAUGAGAGGCCCCUUCUCAAUUUAAGCUUAAAUGAAUUCUCUGGUGGUUCUCCUCAUACAUAUGCUUUUGAAACUAAUAAAGAAGAGAAGCUAGGCCAUCAAUCAUUUGGAAAUGAAUCAAGCCUAAAUAAAAGGCCCCUGACUAAUGGGAAUGUUUUUAUUCAAUCUAAUGCCCAACAACUCUCCUUCGAUGGGAAGUCGUCACUUGGAGAUGUUGCUGCUGCCACCAAAGCCUCAUCUGAAUCUUCUGAUAUAUCAGGCAAUACUAAACCAUUGCUACCACUGCCUCCAGGAAGGAUUGGUGCUUUCCAACCUGGAUUACUUCCUUUGAAGCAUUCUCCGGACAGAGCAGAUCCUCUUCCCCCGGAGCCUCCUGCCCCGAUUAGAGCUAGUCCUCCUCCACCACCUCCUACCCCCAUUAGUGUUAGUCCUCCUGCACCACCUGCGCCGGCGCCGUCUAUGAAUCCUACUUCUGCCGCUAUGCCUUCCCGACCUCCUGCACCACCUAUGCCUCCAAGUGCUGGUCCUGGACCUCCCAGGCCACCUCCACCAAUGCCUUUAGGUCCCAAGGUUCCUCGUCCACCAAGUGGUCCACAACGAUCAACGAAUGCCAUCUCUGGUGAGGGAUCUGGCUCGGCAGACAAUGGCAAUGCUCCCAAAGCUAAAUUGAAGCCAUUUUUCUGGGAUAAAGUUGCAGCUAACCCUGAACACUCAAUGGUCUGGAAUCAGAUUAAAUCUGGAUCUUUCCAGUUCAAUGAGGAAAUGAUAGAAACCCUGUUCGGGUAUGCAGCCACUGACAAAAACAAAAAUGAUAGAAAGAAAGAAACCUCUACCCAGGAAUCCGUGCCUCAGUAUAUUCAACUCCUUGAUCCCAAGAAGGCACAAAAUUUAGCUAUACUUUUGCGGGCAUUGAAUGUGACCACAGAAGAAGUUUGUGACGCACUUCGUGAAGGAAAUGAGCUCCCUGUUGAACUCCUUCAAAAUUUAUUGAAGAUGGCCCCGACAGCGGAUGAAGAACUCAAACUUAGAAUGUUCAAUGGUGAAAUUUCCCAACUUGGUCCCGCUGAGCGGUUCUUGAGAGUCUUGGUUGACAUCCCUUUUGUUUUUAAACGGAUGGAAACCCUGAUUUAUAUGUGCUCCCUUUACGAGGAGGUUACUUUCGCUAGAGAGUCCUUCGAAACAUUAGAGGUUGCUUGCAAGGAACUCAGAAGCAGCCGCUUAUUCCUCAAGCUUUUAGAAGCUGUUCUUAAAACCGGAAAUCGCAUGAAUGAUGGGACAUUCCGUGGUGGUGCACAAGCUUUCAAGCUUGACACGCUUUUGAAGUUAUCGGAUGUUAAAGGAGUAGAUGGAAAGACCACACUAUUACACUUUGUUGUCCAAGAAAUUAUACGCACUGAAGGAAUGAAAGUUGCCAGGGUUGCAAGAGAAAACAGAAGCUCCAGUGAUCUUCUUGAGGAUGCUUCCCUGGAUACGGAAGAGCACUACCAUAGCCUCGGUCUUGAGGUGGUUUCCCAUCUGAGUAGUGAACUCGAAAAUGUCAAGAAAGCAGCAGCUAUUGAUGCCGAAACCUUGACAGGAACCGUUACCAAACUUAGCCAUGGACUUGUAAAAGCACGAGAUUUCUUGAACUCGGAAAUGAAAAAUUCAAGGGAAGAAAGUGGUUUUCAUGAAACGUUAGAGAGUUUUGUGCAGAAUGCAGAAGUUGACGUCACAUCAUUGCUCGAGGAAGAUAAGAGAAUAAUGGCAAUGGUGAAGAGCACAGGCGAUUAUUUUCACGGCAACGCACACAAGGAUGAGGGCUUACGCUUGUUUGUCAUCGUACGCGACUUUUUGAUAAUUUUGGAUAAGGUUUGCAAAGAAGUUAGAGAUGCCCCAAGGAAGCCGGUAAAAGCACAUAAAAAACAGGAGUCCAAUGCAUCAUCAUCUUCCUCUGAGUCUCGUUUUGCACCAACUUCCCCUGAUCCUCAUCAGAAGCUUUUCUCUGCAAUCGCAGAACGAAGAAGGAACGAUUUUAGUUCUAGUUCCGAUGAUGAGGGUUGAUGAUCUUGUUAGUUUAAAGAAGGUAUGCUGUUUAUAUGCUGAAACUUAAUACUAAGACAUACGUGCACCAUGGAUUAUGAUAUCAGUUAGAUGUAACUUCCGUUUU